AUGAAUGAUGGCAGACAAUACAUUGACCCAGAUGAUAUAGAUAUUCACGAAACUCAACGGCUCGAGAUCUAUCCCGUUGUUGUGAGUAGGCACUUUAUGGUACGUGUAAAUGCGCUUAUGCAGUUCCUUAAAACCGAUGUUGAAAUAUUCGGUGGUAGAGUAAGAGACUAUUGGUGGAGAGUAGAGUUUCAAAAUAAAGAAUGUCCUCAUCUGCAUAUGGUUAUUUGGGUGGAAGAUCACCCACCUGAAGGAAUAGCUCGCAUUGAUACAGUAUGUAGUACUGCCACUCCUUCUGAAAAUUCAGAACUAAUGAUGAGCCCGAUAGAAAACGUAGUGCCCACUCAUGUCGAUGUAAGCACCGAAACUGUGCAGGUUCAGCUGCGAAACAAACAAGAUCGAUCCAGGGACCUUUUUGGUGUUCAAUUAGAAGUAACCAGUUUGCUUCUAGAAGCCGAAAGAAGAAAACUUUCAGUCCUCCAAAAAGAACUGAAAAUAGCCCUCGAAGAGGGCGGCUCGAUUAAAGCAAAGGAACACCAGAAACAGGAACUGCUAGUCGCCAUAGCGCGGAUUCAAGCGCAACACGAUCACUUGGACAAAGAGUACAGGGAGCACGCGCUAGGAGCGCUGAUAUCGGCCAACUCGCGCGGUUUUGGAAAGGUAACGAUUCAUUUAUUUUGCUUAUAG